AUGUCGUCUCAGAAUCGAGGUGCCCAGGGCACCAAUAAACAAAAAGCAGUAUCUGUGAACACUCUAUUCUCUGGACGAGCCGCCCCCGGGCAACGGGGCACUGACCCUAGCCGUAAUGGCAUGCAAAGUAUUGGUAAAGCAGCAAAUGUGGUUCGUCGUAUGCCCCCGCCAGCAUCUUUGCCGUCAUUAAGAGCCGAAAAUAAUGGACAAGAUCCGACUACACCUGUGGUUCCUCAAGGAGGUACUGGAUGGACCAAGUCUGACAACCCAAACGGAGCUAUCGAACCCCCGCAGACUCCGACGACUCAACCGGCUGCAGUGCCACCACCACUACAAGCCAACGACUUACGACCAUCGUGGCUCGUCGCCGCCAACGCCGAGCAACAAGCGAACAACAGCCAGGCUAGAGAAUUUCCCUCACUGGCACCACCCGUCAACGACUCAGAUAGAGUUUAUAAUAAGUGGGAAUCUUCGACACUUGACGAUAGACUCGGAGAUAUGCCAUUUGACGACGAUUUCGAAGGAGGUGUGCCUACCCGAUUUUUGGGAUCCAAUCCACCUCCCACCGAUACUUCUUCUGUUAACGGAAAAUCUACUUCAAAAACUGUUCCUAAUUCAAAAUACAACAACAAAAUCAGCGACGACGAAGGAUUCGAUUCGCAAGAUCGCGAUAGAAAUUAUUCAACGGAGGAGGGCGGCUGGUCGUCAAACGGCUCGCCGAGCCAGACUGACAGCUAUGGGGCGGAGAAGGAUACGGAAAGUGAAUAUCGAUCCUUCAUGAGAAAUGACCUUUCCCAAUUCCGAACAAGCGAAAUUCGUAUCUUGAAAAGAGCGACCGAACAGCUGCUGCUUCAGGAUAUAAGCGACGACGAAGAUGAAGUCCAAAUGACUCGUCUCGACAAACCGUCAGUUUGCGUUGUUAAACGAGGUGGAGACUCCAAAUCAACGGACACUCCAGACUCGGAGCAAUGUGAACAAGGACUGGAAACUAAGUCACCAACACCACCUCCCCAGGUUAUCAAGAUUGUGGAGAAGAAGAAAGUUCGUAAAGAACCAAAACUUCUCAAGAAAGAUAAGUCAGGAAAGGAGUCUGAGGAACCCAAAAAGCCAAGGGAGUGGAAGCCAAUUGUGGCUCCAAUUCCUGUUCCAAUUCUAACUUCUGAAGAGCUUCCUGUGGAAACUCCGGCGAUCGAAGAAAAAUCUGUUGUGGAAGAAAUUCAACUUGCACCGAUUCCAACUGAAAACGUGUGGGCUAAGCGAAAGGAAGAACGCGAAUCAUUGGAGCGAGAAAAGGAGAAAACUUUGAUGCCAAAAGUGAUGCAACAAGCAAUCGAACAACAUUUUCCAAAGGUUCAUGACUCUGCAACAAUCAAGGUUAACAAGGAGUCCACCCGUAAAUCGAGUGAUACUGAAUUUACUCGUGCUGCUAUUCGAGCUCGCAAGCAGGCAACAUCAAACGAUGUGAGAAAGCUGAUUGGUGUGGAGAACGGUGGUAAAAUCAAGUUGGCUAAGAACGAGAAUCACGUAAACAACAAUAAUGGUACUGAUGAGAAAUCACAAAACUUCAAAGGGAACGGUCAAAAUGGCUAUAGCAAUGUUAAUGGCUUCAAAGGUCAAAACGGUGCAAUUAAGCACAAUCAAACUAAUGGAAAGAUUGCGGAGAACAACAAUCGCGAACGCCAAGAUUCUCAUCGCAGCACUGUUUCUUCACAUAAAAACUUUAUUCCUCCUACAAACCAUUAUGGUGGUCAGAGCCGGUUUAUGAAGCACUCCGAAGAUAGCAGAAAAUCGAUGAACGGACAAUACAAGAAGAAUGAUAAGAGUGCAGAAUCCAAGAAGUUUAACAUUGACGAUAUGAAAGAUGUGAACGUAGAAAGUUGGGCUGAUGAAAUGGAAAAUCUCGAUGGUUUUGAAGAAGUUGGCAAGAAGAAGAAAAACAAGAUUUUGGAAAAAACAGGUCAUCAACAGUCUGUGAAGCCUCAACAAUUGACACCUCAACAGCAACAAGAACAAGACAAACUGGUGAAAAUAAAAUCAAAAGAUCCGAAACAAGGGACUCGACUGUUUGUGCCGAGAGCUCUUCGUAAAGAAGCCGAUGAUCUUCCUGCUAAUGGAUUGCUGAGCCCACAGAAUGUUGAAACGAAAGAAAAGCUUGCCGCUGCAAAGUGCAAUGCGGAUUCCACAAAGAAACCGGAUGAAGAUACCAAAGGUUUUUGGGAUUCCUUGACACCGGAGGUGUCAACCAUUCCAAAGAAGACAAAGGAUGCACCAAGAAAGCCAGAAGGCCAACAUGUGGAAUUCCCGAAGCCAAUUGGAAAGUCAUUUGACAUUACUGGAUAUGACUUCACCUUUGACCCGAAUCUCCACGGCAAUGCUAUAUUAUCUGACCGUGCUGUCAUUCAGAAAAUGCUGUCUGCGGAGAACGGAGCUACUGAUGAUGCAUCAAACCAACGCAGAAAGGUGUUGACUGAUUUGAGACAAUCAAUAGAUGGAAUGGGUCAUGUUGCAAUUCAAAAAGUUUCUCAAGAAUACAAUGAAAUGUUCACCUGUCGACCAAACAACAAUAACAACAAUAGUAUAAGUUUGGCACCAUUCUCCAAUCAUUACUCGUCUUUCCAACCACUCUUCAACACUGGCGACGCUUCACUUCUUUAUCCAAAUGCUGCUCCCUCACCGCCAAUGAGCUACCUCAGCAUGAUAAACUUCUCGAAUGUGAAACGACAGCCUGGAUUUAUGCCGGAGAAUGGCCUACUUGGACGUAAUCCUGCAGCUUCUUUGGCUGCAGCGGCUGCAGCGGCCGCUGCUGUUCAGCAACGACAAGUAUGGAAUGGUGGACAUUUCGAUAUAAACUCUCUUGCCGGAACUCCUCCAGCAAAUUAUAGUUCUAAUGGAUCCUAUGGAUUUUUCAAUAAUGGUGCAACGCCUAAUGAGCAUCGACCACCAUUCGGUGGACUUCCAAAUGGUAUGUCCAAUGGAAUGUCAAAUGGUAUAGGCAACGGACAAACACCUUUCUUUGAUCGGGCAUCUCUGCCUCCGGCAAAUUUAGCGGUGGGCAGUCAACGACAAGGAAAUAUGUUCAGUGGGAAUAUGAACCGCCAACAACAACAGCAACAAUCAAAUGGACCAUCAAAUCCAAUGAACGGAAUGAACAAUUCAAAUGGAUCAUUCCCUCCACAAAAUUUUCCGCAGUCAAUGAUUAGGUUACCCCCUUCAAACGGAGCACCACACCGAGAUGGUGCGUCAUUCUUUUUCAAUAAUGGUACACGAGGACCUAUUGGGAGACCAACAGGUCUUCCAGGAUCAGGGCAUUCACAACUUGACAUGAUUUGGUCAAACUCCACCAAUAACUAUUUUGGCAAUGCUGGACAUUCAAAUGGUAACUGGAAUGGAGGGCAAGCGGCUGGACCGCCCAGGCAAAAUGGCUAUAAUCAGCGUCAAAACCGCGAUAAUCAACAAAUGAACAACCGAAUGCGACCAACCCCAGUUCAAGGCAAUCGGCAAUAA